AUGAAGUGGCAUUUAACCCUGCUGGGUCUUCUCCCAGCCCUGGCAACGGCGCAGGAAGGUGAGUCCUCACGAAAACGAAGGAGGUCCGACCAGGUUGACAGGCAGGGGCAGUGGGCUUGGAAGCAGCUCGGAACACUGACAGAAUCAUCUGACUCUUCAUAUUCCUUAGCAUCCUCAUCGACUUCCUCAAGCACACCUUUGGCCAUUGCUUCAUCAACAUCGUCGACAUCAGAAGCCACUACUGCUGCAUCGAGCACCACGACGACCUCGAGUGCUGUCUCGUCGGCCUCGUCUCUGUCUUCCUCGACUGUAACAGCAUCUCCCUCAAUUGUCACUGUCGCCCUCGACGGGAGCGGCCAGUUCAGCGUCAUCGGCUCCGCCAUCUCGUAUGCGCAGAGCCACAGCUAUCCGACCGUCACUGUCAAAGCCGGCACCUACUCCGAGAGCAUCACGAUAGCCGCCGCGGCCACGGUCACCAUUGUCGGAGAAGCAGGUGCAUCAAACAGCUAUGCCGACAACGCUGUUACCAUUUCCAACAGUGUGGCCGCCCCCUUGACUAUCUCGUCUACCGCGAUCAAAGGCAUCACAUUCAGGAACAUCAACUUCUACAACUCCAAUGCCGCUUCCUCCGCUGGUGCUGUGUCGAUCAAGGGCCUCCAGCACGCCUUCUAUGCAUGCCAGUUUGUCACAGCUGGAUCUGGAGCCGUCACCGGUGGCAAUGCCGUUGCUUUGAUUGCUGACUCCUACAUGGAGGCGCUGGAUAAGGCAGUCUAUGCCUACCCUUCGCUGUAUAUCUACAACACCGUGCUCACCGUGACCAGGUCUGGCGGCUUGAUGACAUACACGCAGGGCUACACCUACAAUACGAUCUUGUACAACUCGACGACCGUCUUCGACUCGUGCUCUGUCGUGCAGAAAACGGGCUACACCAACUCCUUCUACCUGUUUGCUGCCAAUCAAAAUGGCUCUGUUGCUGUCUACCGGAAUUCCACGAUGGGAAGUUACAUAGCGCCAUCAGUCUCUUCGUCCUCCACAUCCUCGGUCGCCAGCUCUACUGCCAGCUCUAUUGCCAGCUCUACUACCAGCUCAGCGAGCUCUACCGCGACAGUUGCGACUACUGCCGUGUACACUGUGGCCCCAACACCCACUGGGAGCCAGUACGGCAGCGUAAUGUCCGCUGUGGCCGCUCUGCCAGCGGACGGCAAGCCUUACACGAUUUCCAUCCUGGCGGGCACCUACACGGAGCAAGUCUGGGUGAACCGGACGGGUCUGGGCAAGGUCACUCUGGUCGGCGAGACGGAUUUCCCGAAUGAUUUCACUCAGAACCAAGUCACCAUCCAGUUCUCCAUGGGUGUCUCGACGAGCGCGAACUCCGACGAGAUCACUCCCGUCAUCAACUGGAAGAGAACCGACGGUUCCGGCCUCGCCCUGUACAACAUUGAUUUCAUCAACACCUACGCACCGUCAUCGAGUACAGCAGCCCUUGCAGCGGACUUUUACGGCACCAACAUGGCUGCUUACGGUUGCUCCUUCAAGGGAUAUCAGGACACUCUGCUGGCCAAUCAAGGUGUCCAGGUCUUUAGCAACUGCUACAUCGAAGGCAGCGUCGACUUUAUCUGGGGCUACAGUAAAGCUUACUUCCACCAGUGCUACAUCGCCUCCAACACCGCUGGCGCAUGUAUAACUGCACAGAACCGGCCCAGCUCUACCUGGGCGGGCGGCUACGUCUUCGACUCGUGCUAUGUCACCUAUACCAGCUCUUAUGGCACCACUACCGGCACUACCUACCUCGGUCGUCCAUGGUCCCAGUAUGCGGUCGUCGUGUACAAGAACUCGUACCUCGACAAGCAUAUCGCGGCGGCUGGCUGGAAGAUAUGGUCAACGAGCAGCCCGCAGACGGACAACGUCCUGUUUGGCGAGUACAACAACAGCGGUCCAGGUGCCUGGUCCAGUUCUCGAGCUUCAUUCGCUACGAACCUGACCGAUUCCGCCGCCCAGGCGUACAACUUGGAGUCAUUCAUUGGUAGCACCUCUUGGCUUGACUCGACGGCAUACAAUUACGUGCCAAGCUAUCCUCUUGGCUCAUCGACUACACCCACGACCACCACCAGCCCUACCUCGUCAGCAACAGCCGUGGCUACCUGGGCCCAUCCCACCGACGGCACCACGCCACCGGCUGGUGCAGUGCUGGUCUCUGUUGGUGGCGUCGAAGCUGGCUCCUAUAGCAACCUGACAAUUGCCUUGGCUAGCCUGCCGGCUGAUUCGAGCACGCAGAUCAUCUUCAUGUACCCUGGUACAUACACAGAGCAGGUGCCCGCUAUCAACCGCGCCGGCCCUGUCAUGAUUAUCGGCUACACCACUGCCAGCCCGGGAUCGUCGUACGCGGACAAUACUGUGACCGUCACCUACGCUCACGGUCUGUCAGUCAGCCCGCUGCCUACUGGCCAUUCCGACGCCGAGACAGCAACAGUGUCGACGGCCAGCACCAAGAUUUCCUUCUACAACGUCAACAUAGUGAACUCGGCCAACCUCGAUGGCAGCCUGUCGAGUUACGUCACCUUGGCCAGCAGCAUCUAUGGCGACCAGAUUGGUUUCUACGGCUGCUCUUUCAUCGGCUGGCAGGAUACCCUGCUCACCGGCAACAAGGCUGGCUACCAGUACUACGAGAGCUGCUACAUCGAGGGCGCCAUCGACUUCAUCUGGGGCUACAGCAAGGCCUACUUCAAGGGCUGCACUAUCGGCGCCAAGCGAGCCGGUUCCGCGAUCACUGCCCAGAGUCGUGCGUCGUCGUCAGCAAUCGGAGGAUACAUCUUUGACCAGUGUCUUUUCACUGAGGCACCAGACGCCACGGUGGACCUGACUCAACAGGUCUACCUCGGUCGCCCCUACAGCAGCUACGCCCUGGUUGUGGUCAAGAACAGCUACCUGGACUCGAUCAUCGCGCCGUCGGGAUGGAAGAUCUGGGGAACUUCCUCGCCCAACACAGACCACAUCACCUUUGCCGAGUACAACAACGCCGGCCCUGGAAACUGGGAGAACAACACCGCGGCCCGUGUGGCGUGGCAGAACUGCACUCUGCUGACCAGCGACACAUAUCCGCUGGCGACCGUCAUGGGCAGCACCGACUGGAUUGACAUGACGUAUUGGAACAGCAUCGUGACGCCCUCGCCCGCGCCGGCAGCCCCCGCGGCUCCUGCUGCUUCAGCUGCGCCUUAUGAUGGCACUGUGCCCCCGGCUGGAGCGUUCAUUGUGUCCAAGACGGCAAUUGACGGUGUGACGACCUACGAUACUGUGCAGUCUGCACUGAAUGCGCUGCCCACGUCGAGCAAGACUACCGCCACUGUGUUCAUCUACCCUGGCGUCUAUGAGGAGCAGCUGGUGCUUAACAAGUCCGGGACGACCAUCUUUAUGGGAUACUCGACGGCUAGCGAUGACUACAGCAAGAACCAGGUCACAAUCUCGUACAACGAGGGCAUCGACACGGGCUCCGAUGCGUCCAACUCUGAUUCCGCUACGGUUUAUGCCACAGGCAACUACUUCCAGGCUAUCAACAUCAACUUCAAGAACACUUUUGGAACAACGGAAGAUUAUGCCAGUCUUGGCUUUGCCGUCAAGAGCAGCAAGUACGCUGGCCUUUACGGCUGCCAGGUGUAUGGAAACCAGGACGCACUGUUGAUCAACGGCUAUCUCUUUGCGUACAACACGUACGUCGAGGGCAAUGUCGACAUGAUCUGGGGUGCGGGCGCGGCCUACUUCCUCAACUCGACCAUCUCGCCCAACGAGGAUAAGGUCUCCCUGACGGCGGACAAGCGGACCGACAACACGACGGCCGCCGGCUUCGUGUUUGACCAAUGCACUGUGACCCCGGCAGCUGGAGCCUCGUUCUCGCAAAUCUCGCUGGGCCGGCCCUGGAAUUCGUAUGCCCGCGUUGCGUUUAUUGAGAGCUACCUGGGCUCUUGUGUCGAGGCUGCUGGCUGGAAUGCAUGGUCGAGCAGUGAUCCUCGCACCAGUGGUGCCAUGUUUGGCGAGUUUGCCAACUAUGGCCCCGGUGCCUCUACCUCGGGUCGUGCAUCGUUCGCUACUCAGCUGACGGCUACUGAUGCCGCGCAGUUCCAGCUCGCGAACUUCUUUGCGUCGACCUCCUGGAUCAACAUGACACUGGUGCACACCACCCCAUUUACGGCAGCGAAUGUCCCAACGGUAACUUCCAGUGCCGUGCCCUCGGUCACAACAGUGACGGCAGUCUCGAUUUCGACUGUUCGCGCCAACUUGAAGGUCACCACGACCGCGCUGCCUGUGACGGUGACGCAGGCCACCACGACCACACUGAGCGUCGGCACUACCAUCACACCAGCAGCGACCACCGACAUCGAGACUGCAAAGUCGACCAGCACUGUGACUACCACGAGCUCGGGGACGGACAAGACCGUCACCUCCGUGUCCACUGUUCUGGUGAAUGAUGCCGUCACUGUCACCCCUGCUUUGGCCACCGUAACGUCGACAGUUAAGUCCACCAUCACUGCGACUUCCGUUGUGACUGUCACGGCCAAGGCAACGACUGUCAAGUCGUCUACCACGGUUACAAGCAUAAUAACGUCCACUCCCAAAGCCACGACUGUCACCGUGUCCCAAGGCACCAGCAUCACUGUGACUGCCACUGUCACCCCCGGCACCAAAAAGGUCACCAGCUCUACCACGGUCACCGCCGGAACCGGAGGCACGACAACCACAACUGCCAAGGCCACGACUACCACCGUUUCCGUCACCACGACUACUACUUCCACUGCCAAAGCCACCACGUCGGCUCCUGCGUCUGGAACAGUCACCGUGACUGUCGUCUCCUACACCACAACCUUCACCGCCACAGGCACGACGACCAUUCCCGGCAGCACCACCACCACCCUCACACAAGUGACCAAGACCACCGGCAAGACCACGACGCUCAAGCCCGUGACCGUCACCGAUACUACCGUCUCUGUUGUCCUCAAGACCGUUGGCACGACUAUCCCUGGCACUACCGCGACCACCACUGUCGUCACUACCAAGACCACCGGCAAGGCGACCACCCUGAAGGCGUCCACCACCACGGUCUACACCACUUCCCUCGCCACCGCGACGGCCAAGGCCACCGUCACCGCUCCGGGAGUCGUCACCACCAGCGUCGAGACCGUCACCUCCAAGGCCACUACCACACUGCCCGCGCAGACAGUCACCGUGGUCAAGAGCGCCGACACGACGAUCAAGACGACUGUGACGCUGGCGACGCCGACGAGCACGGUCUGGAAGACGGCAACAGUGACGCUGAAGCCGAGCGUCACGGUGACGUCGCAGUCUACAGUCACCAAGACAACGACCGUGAAGGUGAAGACUACGGUCACUAGUGUAGUGGCGACCAAGACGAAGGCGGGUGCCGUUGCGUGUAGUGCUGUGUAA